AUGGCUGCUUCAUCAGAACCCAAACCCUCUAUACCCUACCGUCAGAUACGAGCUCUGUACGACGACGAAACGAUCACAGUCUACCAAGCAUACUGCCCAUCUAUUGCUCUCUCAGCAGUAGAGCACCAGAAAUUGAACGCAUCGCCCGAUUUUAAGCUCGGGAGAAUGACAUGGAUUAAGCCGAGUUGGUGCUGGAUGAUGUACCGCUCCGGCUACGCCAAGAAGAAAAACCAAGAGCACAUCCUCGCGCUCAAGAUGAAGCAUUCCGAUUUCCUGAAAGUGCUGAAAGGGGCUGUUGUCUGUCACGGGCAGACUUUAAGUGCAGAAGAUAGGAAGAAAGACGUUCGAGUCCAGUGGGACCCUGAGCGCGGUCCCGCGCUGGGAAUGCUUCCUUACCGCAGUAUCCAGAUUGGAAUUAGUGGAGCGAUGGCGAAGUGGUGGAUCGAAGAAGGGAUUGUAGGGAUCGAGGAUGUGACCGAGAAGGCGAAAGGUCUUUGGGAGGAUGUCAUUGAGCCAGCAAGAGCGAAGGGGAAGAGGGUCGAGGUCGAGGAGUGUGUGGAGAAGGGCUUGGUGCCGAGAGAGACGGAGUAUGUUGUGCCGGAGGACGUGGGAGGAAUUCUGGGGAUGCAAGCGGAAACGAGGAGAGCCCUUGAGUUUGCGACUUUUGAAGAAGCGAGGAAACGUGAUAUGGCGGUAACAAAUGUGGCAAAGACUGGAAUGGUCCUCCCUGAAAAGGAGCCACCACUUUUAGUUGGGAAAAGCGCGUUGGCUGCGCCCAAAUAG